CCCAGGUCUUCAAAAAGCGGCCGCGGCCAGAAAAGGCUGAAUCGUCUUGCACCUCGUUCUUCCAUAUCUGCCUCGCCGGGUCUUGAUGCCUUCUUGAAGUAUCUUGGGUUCUGGUCAUAAAUGUGCCAUUAUCAGUCUCGGUCUGAAUCUUGAACUUGCAGCCACAGCAUCAACAGCUCCCCACCACUCACAGAAGCACCCAUUUCUGUUAUUCAGCCCCGCCUAUAACAUAAACCAACCGAUUUGGACUUCGAUUGUCCAAUCCCCCAAUUUGAUACCCACAUGAUCAUGGUCGAGCAGCAGUAUAUUGCCCCAGGUCUACCCCAGCCGGAUGGUCUUUCGGGAGCUCCCAGUUUGCACGACUCAAUUCCGACAACUGAGACUUCCCCUUACCACGAUCUGACAUCCUACUCAUCUGUUUCUUCACCUUUCAACAGCAUUUCUGGCCAGUGCGAUCCAAACCUCUUAACUCCUAUCUCAGUCGUGGGAUCUCCUCCUUUGCACGGCGUGUCAAAAAUUGCAUCACAAUAUCCUCCGCCUCCAAGCACACCUAAUCAACACCCUAGCCCUCCUGGGAGUUCCAGAAUGUAUCAUCAGCAGCAGUGGGCAGGACAAUUUGACGUUAAUAGCCAAUCCCCACAAGCGAGUUCGCCCAUGACCUCUCAAGCUCCGGUCGCUGGAGGGGAAUUCCUUCAUGCCAAUUAUGUCCACGAUGGACGUCGAACCCCCGGGCCCCCAGAGCCCUAUAUGGGAGCUUUUGGUGUCUCAAACGGACCAGAACCGCAACCUAUGAGCAACCCUUAUUACGUCAAUAUGGCGCCUCCAAUUGAGCACCAAGACCACAUGAUGAUGAGGGACAAUCAUCAUAUUCCAAUGGGCAUGCAUCAUCGCGAAAUGGCGCCUGCUCCUCUUCUGGCCGAGCAUCAUCCACCUCAGUACCGCCGAAGAAGCCCAGAAGAGACAGGACUGCACGGAUUACCUUCAGAUGUUCCACGCUCCAUGACUGGAUCCCCUCGUCGAAGAUCUGCCUUACACGCCCCUGGCCGCGUCAAAAAGCGCACAACCAAGAGGUCAGGAGCCUCUAGAAGUGCAGCUGCUGAAGAGCCUGUCGACGAGCACAAGAAUUGCUUUGGAGAAGAGGUCCCGCCAACACUCAAGAGUACCUGUCCCGAUGAGGAGCGCUGCAUAUUCGAAUCUCGCUGGGAGCACCGCAACCAAAAGGGUCAGGAUAUGUGGGAGAGCAUCCAGAGCGAUUAUAAGAGUCGUUUCCAGAAGUGCCCCGGUAAGGAAAUGCUUCAGAUGAAAUUCAAACGAGGCCGGUCCAAGUACAUUGAGUGGUUAUCUAGAGAUGAGGACUUGCUUCGAGAGGCUUAUAAGAUCGUCGAGAAGAGUCGUUAUCAGAUGAUGCUUGAGACCUUUCACGAAUUAGGGGGUUCCCGAAAUAUGCGAUUGAAUGCUAGCGACAUAGAAGUCAAAGUUGUCAACGAUCUAAAGCUCGAGGAGGGGAUUUACAUGGAAUCCCAUGGGGAUCUCAAUAUCAGAAGACGACGCAAGUCGGUUCAAACAAGGAAGCGCACUGGCCGCGGUGAUGAGCACGACGAGAUGAUGAGCGUCGGAUCCCACAACACUCAUGAAGAUGAGGUUAUUAACCAGGUGCAUGGCCUUCCCAAUAUCAAGAUGGAAGAAGAUGGCCCUGGAGGCCACAUGAUGAGCGCACAUAUGUGGGACCAACAAAUGAAGAUGGAACCGGGAGCAAUGCCACCACAAAACAAUCGCAUGCAACCCUUGAUGAGAUUGAGUCCAACACAGACGAUGUAUGGAGGACGCAGAGGGUCGUGAAAACAGAAAACUUCUGACUCAUUUUCGGGAAUGGCAUUAUAGACAACUUCAUCUUCUCAACGAAGAGCCCCUCAUUUUUUUGUAUUUUCCAUAUAAGAGUCCUUUCAUAUACCCCAAGGAAUUGUUUAAGAUAGAGCUUCGUAAAGAACCCGGCAUCUUUGUAUAAGAAGGAAUUCUGCGUCGUAUCACGUCUCCCCAAUGCUCUUGUAGUAUCUAUCUAUGUCUUCACUGCUUCCGAAGAUAUUGCCAAGUUUGAGAGGUAAUUGUAUGGGCGGGCGGGAAGUCAAGUGACUUGAGUGGCUUCACACAAAAUCUGGGGUCAGACUUUUGAGAUAACAUCUGGUUGGGUGCU